CAUGAGACUAUGUACUUUUUAAACUGCUAAUCCACAAUUACAAUGGAAAUAAAGUACACGUGUAUAUUUUUUUUUUCUCGGAGGGAUUCAUUUUUGCCUAAGCAGCGUUGCUUCUGGACUCGAUGUCAAUUCGCGGACGCAGCCUCAAGGCGAUGCCUCUGAAACGCACAAGGACCGAGUCUGCCAGCCUAUAGCAUCCUCGCCAUUUUCCAGCCUGCCGGAAACAGAUUCUAUCGUCACCGCGACAGUCCGGAGGUACAGCCCAGCCAGUUGCUAAGGAGACCGCGCAUGAGUCUUGGUUGGGCCCGCGAGAUAUAAACUGAGAAAAAGGCCGACUUACGCCUGUGUGACUUGGAGCGAGAAGGAAAGCUGUAGCGUCGUAGUUCCGAUUUAUUUCCGUCUUCAAAUGAUUCGUGCUACGAUAUUCGCCCGUCUCGCUCGGUAUCGUCGCUGGUUUGUGUAGCAGAGCCUGGAGGAAAAUGCUGCUCCGAUCUCGCAGGAUCCCGGCCCGGCCGCCCAGCGAGCCGAGCACCCCGCGGAGCCUCCGCCCUCGCUCCCCCAGCCGGAGAGCGCCGCCGUCGGCCAAGGCAGGCGGGAGAGCAGCGGUCAGAGGGGAGGUGGGACUGGACUCCCUGCAAGACCCGGAGGAGGAAGAGGUCCAUGUCCUGAAGCCCCUGACCAUGCAGACGCGAAGCAAAGGGAAAGUGAGCAAGACCGACAGUGAAGAUUUUAAGACUCCUGUGAAAGGCCAGCAGCUGAGGGUGAGGUUUGAGAUGGACGAGAGCUCGUGUAAGAACACUGCCGUUCGAAACAUUUGUUCUCCACUUGUCCACUUCCUGCUGCCAGGACAGGAUGAUGAGAAGUCACCCCAGCCAGAGCAAGAGGUGUUUGAUUACAGCCGUUUCAACCCUGUGCUUAAGGACGAGGACAACUGUAAGGAGUGCGACCUUUACACCUUCAUCAAGAGCAUUCCCUUGCAGUCCCAGCAUUCCAAAGUCCGCAUCAGGGAUAUCCCUGUGAAAACCAGGAGCACCCCUGAAGCCACCCUGGUCCUGGAUCUGGAUGAGACAUUAGUGCAAAGUUCACUCGGUGUGAUUCCAAAUGCUGAAUACACAUUCCUUGCUCGCUUCCAGGAUCAGGAAUACAAGGUCUACAUGAAGGUGAGGCCUUAUGUGCAAGAGUUCCUAGAAAACAUGACAAAGAUAUUUGAAAUAUUUGUUUAUACGUCUGCCAAGAAAGAGUAUGCAGAGAAGAUCUUGGACAUCUUGGAUCACCAGAAAAGACUGAUUCGGCAUCGCUUGUACCAGGAAGACUGUUUGUGCAUCAUGGGGCACUACAUCAAAGAUUUAACUAUCCUGAACAGAGACCUGGCCAAGACUGUCAUUGUGGGCAACGAUCCCUACACUUUCCCCUACCAUUUGAUGAACAUGAUCCCCAUCCAGAGGUGGACUGGGAACAAAGACGACAAGGCGCUCCCUAGGCUGGCCCCAUAUCUUGAGAAAUUGUCAGACACUAGGGAUUUCCGACGGGUACUAAAGAGGAGGACAGAUAAUUUUCGGGGACUACUGUCUGAAGACUGAUGAACUUGUUGUGUGUGGCGGUCUUGAUGUCGUGAAAUGCCUAAAGAUCUGCUAAGGCCUUUCAUCAGUUCUCUUUCUCAUCCUGUGUUCCAUACAGUGAACUGUCAAAUUCUGCAAAGGUGAUUCUACAAAGAGGAGAAAGUACUCAAAGAGAAUGGGUUCCAUCUCAAUCUCCGCUUUGUGUGCGUGAUAACAGGCCGUGAUUUGAGUUUGCAAUGUGUGUUCAAGUUCAGACUGUCUCACGGUGUCCUUUUCAGUGGUCAGAUUUUCAAUUAGCAGCUGAUUCAGAUCUAAACAGGUGGUUUGAGUCACUGGCUAGUAAGUUCAAUUAAGUAAUUAACAUCUGAGGUGGAAUGAAAAUCAGAGGACUUCUUUGACCCUAGUGACUGGAGUUGCCACUCCCUGCUCUACAUCUUCAUUAGAUGAGGAGAAUCCUGGACACCUUUGGGUGCCUGCUUCAAGGACUUUAAGGUGCUAGGAAUUAAACACUGUGCAUACCAAAGUAUAAGAUUCUCUGUAUAUAUUUCAUGUAUCAGAUGUAACUUCCAGCUUCAGAGUUUCACAAAUGCAGAUAAUUUAAAUUUACAUGCUCAUCUUGUUGGUUGAUAAGAACCUUUUUUAUUUAUUUUUUUUUAAUCUUGACAAGGUUUUCAAUGCCAGGACGCAACUUUUUUUUACAGUUGACACAGCGGGGAGGUUAAGUAGCCAUUGUUUAUCAGCAAUUUAACACUUUUUGAGGAGUAAUUGGUUUUUCAGUUAAUUAUAACUUUUGUUUCCAUUGGGAGUAAUACAAUUAGGUUUUAUUGGUUUUUCUAAAAUAAUGCUUAAAAAGUAUUAUGUGCUUUAUAGCUAGGUUUUAACAUGGUUUGGAAACCUCUUUAAAACACCCAUAUCUGCAAAUGCUAAACAACCCUCUGACAAAAGGCUAUUCUUUAAUAUUGAAGAAUAUUGGAUAUUGUGUCCUCAGAAUAGUUUUUGGAAGGUGGGGAAAUUUCAACUUUCAGGCCCCCACCCCCCGCAGCUUGAGUGUUACAUACAGGUGGAUUAUGGUUUGUUUUAUUUUUUUCUUUAAGGGCUGACCUGUUGUAUAUAUUUGUGGUGUGCUCUAUUUUACUAAUUAAAGCAUGUAAAGAUCUCUGCA